UAGUGGAACUUAAAAGACUUACGAUAUCUUAUAUUUGUUAAUUCUAUCAUAGAUAAAAGGACUCAGGUAGCAAAUUAGUUUAAAUCAAGAGUGAUUUAUCAGACUAUCAACGUCGUGUAUUUAGGAUAAGAGGUAGACUGUAGCGGGUUAAUGCGACUUUAAAUUACCACAGUAUCAGGAAAAUUUCUCCAUCAGUUGAUAGGUGAAGUUUGAGAGACGAAUACCUGCCAAUGUAGGUAUGUGAAGAUACCGGCAUGGAUUAAAGACACGUAUGUUUCAAUCAGUGUUUUGUUUCUAAAGGAAUACGAGAGAUUUUUGAGAGGGCUAACGGGAUUUAUUGAUAAAUAUUUAUAUUUAAAUCAUCCAUAUUGAUCGAAGUGUUUGAACGCAAUUUUGAAAUUUGACGAAUAUAAUGCUAUUUUUCUUACUAGCUGAUAAUCUUAAUAAUGAAAGAGUCAGCAAUUUAUUAAAUUCGAAAAUAAAUAAAGGAAAAAGGUUAUUGUGAUAAAAAGUUUAUGAUAAAAUUAAAAUAUGAUUUUAACGUUGAUUUUAGUCCUUCAGACGACUGGGACAUUGUUUGGUGCACACAUUUUACCUGACUCUGAUUUAAAAGCUAUACUUACAGGAAAGAAGGGGAAUGGAGUUAGAAAAAGGUCAAGAUUAAAUGAAGAAAAUAAAAGUGAUUUGAGAGGGAAUACAAAUGAAAAUGUUCCCGAAAAAUGGCUCGUAGAUGCGAUAUUUUAUGACGAUUACCAAUCAGAUGCUCCUGCUGCUCCAAAUAUAGCAUCGGAAGAUGUGUGUCCACCGGUUCCGGAUGUUGUAUCAAAUGACGCAUGCGCACACAAUUCGUGUCAAAGAGAUACCGAUUGUUCGGAUGGGUACAGAUGUUGUUUUACCGGAUGCUCUUUUACUUGCCUUCUUGAAGUUCAGCCAGUCGCCC